AAUCAAAAUAAAAUUACCACACCAUUUAUCAACCUCAACCUCAACAUGAACCAACCUGAACUAUCUCAUCUACAAACUCUCAACCUAAUAUCCACUCAAUUAGCAUCAAUUGCCACCCAAAUCUUAAACUCCAAACUAGAAGCUGGUCCAUCAAAUCUUUCAUCAGAACCAGAUUCAGUCAAUGAACUUUUACCAGAAGCUGCUUCACUCUUUGCAACCUUAAAAGCUGUCAAUCGUUUAAGUUCAUCAACUGUUGGUGAUUGUAAAUCUAAAACAAAUCAAGCUCGUGCUGAAUUAGAUUCGAUUCAUUUGGGUUUACAAAAUUUGGUGUAUGAACGUCGUCAUCUUGAAAGAGAAAUCAAAAAAUGUCAUGAGUUUGAAUCAGAAUAUCAGAAUAUCGCGAUACAUCCAAUUGAAGAAUUUGUUAGCUUGAUGGAAGCCUCUGGAACACCUGUUCCUAGUGACUCUCAUGAACUGAUGUUGGCAAGGCUAAGAUAUGAGCUUGCAGAACGGAAAAGGUUUGAAGGCGAGAAGAAAGAACUUUUACAACGUAAAGUUAAACUUUCAAAAGAUAACGAUGAGAAGAAAGCGAAAUUAGAUGAACUUGAAAAACAGUUGGACCAAUUCGUCAUUUCUACUAAAGAAAUUCAAGCGAAAAUGGCAGCACAAGCUUGAAUAUCGAUCUCAACGGUUCUUUCGUCCUCUUCUCUACCACAAUUGACAUCAGCGUUUUGUGGACCAGUGUUUCUUCUCAGAG